AUGGGGCCCGGCCUGAUCCUGCUGAAGGUGCUGUUGGCACUGAUGGGGUCAGCCCUGGUCGCUGGAGCAGAGAGAAGACUCAAGACCCCUGGGAGCCGCCACGGGGGCUUCUGCCCAGAGACCGAGGACAUUGCCUCCGAGGGGGUUCUCACUGGUGUUCGUCUGUGCCCGGGCCCCCUCCCCACCCCCAGGAGCCCCUCUCCUCCUGACCAUUCUCUCAUUCCCACCCACCGCCCAGACGCCCAUUUCUUGGCCCAGGAGAAGUUCGAGUGCCGCUUCACCAACGGGACUGCGGGCGAGGUGCGCUUCUUCUACCGGGAGAUCUGGGACCGGCAGGAGUGCUGGCGCUUCGACAGCCACCUCGGGCGCUUCGUGGCCCUCUCCCCGCUGUGCGAGAACUAUGUCGAGCGCUUCAACCGCGACCCACAUGAGCUGGCCAGACGGGUGGCCCAGGUGGACUCCUUCUGCCGCCACAACCACAGGAUCGAUGAGGGCUUCCUCAACAGCUGGACGAUUCAGCCCACAGUGAGAAUCUCCCACACCAAGACUGAGCCCCUUGGCCACCACAGCCUCCUCAUCUGCACCGCGGCAGGAUAUUACCCCUCUGAGAUUAAUAUCAAGUGGCUGAAGAACGGGCAGAAGCAGACGGAGGGGGUCGGAUACUCGGAAAAGUUCCAGAAUGGGGACUGGACCUUCCAGGACCAGGUGAUGCUGGAGACGGUGCCCGAGCAGGGGGACGUCUACGCCUGCCAGGUGGAGCACAGCAGCGUGACGGAGCCCAUCACCGUGCAAUGGGAGCCGAGGUCAUCACACUCUGCCAAGACCAAAGUGUUGACGGGGGCUGUGGGGGUCGUGCUGGGGGUGGCCUUUGGAGCUGUGGGACUCUGCCUCUACCUGAGGGCUAGGAAUGGAGGACUGGAAGCCUUUGCCAGCAAGGUUGGCAAUGGGACAUCACCGGUUACCCCGGACAUCAGCUUCCAGUUCUGA